AUGGCAUCUGAUACUUUACGUUUCGUCCGCAAAUAUUGGCCCCUUUUCUUGGAAUUCACCAUUACUCUCGUCGCCCAACGCAUUAAAGCAUUUACCCACCGUUUUACAUACCAUCUCCUUCCAACAUGUAAGAACGUCGUCGUCUUGGGCGGGUCAUUUUCUGGCGCCUUCCUCGCUCGCCGACUGGGAGAGUCUCUUCCUUCAGGUUAUAAAGUCAUUUUAAUCGAGAAGAACUCUCAUUUCAACUUCUGCUUCAAUUUUCCCCGGUAUUCUGUCGUACAGGGACAUGAGCAGAACGCCUUCAUUCCAUACGACGGACUAGCUAGCGGUACGCCAGCAGGAAUAUUCGAAAUAAUACGGGACACAGCUACUGGUAUUAGGGACGAAGAGGUCGAAUUGGCCUCGGGGAAACGCAUACCAUUUGCAUAUCUCGCCGUUGCCACAGGGGCGCUUCAGCCUCCACCGGCCAGAUUGCUCUCAAGCGAAAAGAAUGAGGCAUGUGCUGAGCUGAAGGCAUUGCAGGACAGGAUUAUCGGGGGGAAGAAAAUAGGUAUUAUCGGAGGUGGAGCGGUGGGAGUACAACUUGCAGGAGAUAUCAAGAGUUUUUAUCCUGAUAAACAUGUUGUGCUUAUCCAUUCUAGGGAUCAGUUGCUCCCAAGUUUCGGUGUGCGGUUGCAUAAGUAUGUGGUAGAUAAGUUGCAAGAUUUAGGAGUGGAACUGAUGCUGGGGGAACGACCAGCAAUACCUUCGACCGGAGAUGGGACCGGCACAGAUCUAGUCUUCCCGGAUGGGCGAAAGGAGACUUUUGAUGUUAUUGUCCCUUGCAUUGGGCAGAUCCCAAAUUCAUCAAUUCUAGACGGAUUUUCACCAUCAUCUAUCUCACCCCAAACUCGUAGAAUCCUCGUCGAAUCGACACUCCAACUCAGGAAUGGUGAAGACCCGAAAUCAAGAGAGCUGCACAAUGUAUUUGCGCUUGGAGAUGUCGCCGAAACCGACGGCUACAGGAUGGCAAGAUCGGGGGCAAUGCAAGCUGAGGUUGUGCGAGGAAACAUUAUUGCUUUGAUCAAUGAUAAAGAAUUAGAGAAAUACUCACCAAUAGCCGCCGAGGGGGGGUUAAAACUGAGCCUCGGAAAGGAUGAAUAUGUGAUGUAUGUCCAGGAUCCAGAUGGCACUGAUUUCUUAAUUCCAGGAAAGAGCAGCAAAGUGGAUCUAGAAGUAGAGAAAGGGUGGAAAAUGUUUGGGGCAAAAUUCAAGAAAACUUCCGUCUAG